UCCGCCCCCGCGGCGCGCCCAUGGGCAGCCCCUGGAACGGCAGCGCCGGCGCGCAGGGCCCGCGGGAGCCGUCCUGGGCUGCGCUGCUGCCGUGCGACGAGCGCCGCUGCUCGCCCUUCCCGCUGAGGGCGCUGGUGCCGGUGACCGCCGUGUGCCUGGGCCUGUUCGCCGUCGGGGUGAGCGGCAACGUGGUAACCGUGCUGCUGAUCGCGCGCUACCGGGACAUGCGGACCACCACCAACUUGUACCUGGGCAGCAUGGCCGUGUCCGACCUGCUCAUCCUGCUCGGGCUCCCCUUCGACCUGUACCGCCUGUGGCGCUCGCGGCCCUGGGUGUUCGGGCAGCUGCUCUGCCGCCUGUCGCUCUACGUGGGCGAGGGCUGCACCUACGCCACGUUGCUGCACAUGACGGCGCUCAGCGUCGAGCGCUACCUCGCCAUCUGUCGCCCGCUCCGUGCCCGCGUCCUGGUCACCCGGCGCCGCGUCCGCGCGCUCAUCGCCGCGCUCUGGGCCGUGGCGCUGCUCUCUGCCGCGCCCUUCUUCUUCCUGGUGGGCGUCGAGCAGGACCCCGCGGUCGACGCACUCCCGGACCUCAACGACACCGCGCAGCUCGCCCGCUCGCCCGGCGCUUCGUCGUCCCCGCCGCCGUCCCCGCUGUCCCCGCCGUCGGGGCCCGAGGCGGCGGAGGCCGCGGCGCUGUUCAGCCACGAGUGCCGCCCGAGCCCGGCGCAGCUGGGCGCGCUGCGAGUCAUGCUGUGGGUCACCACCGCCUACUUCUUCCUGCCCUUCCUGUGCCUCAGCGUCCUCUACGGGCUCAUCGGGCGGCAGCUGUGGAGGAGCCCGGGGCCGCUGCGACGCCCCACCGCCUCCGGGCGGGAGAAGGGCCACCGGCAGACGGUCCGCGUGCUGAUGGUGGUGGUUCUGGCGUUUAUAGUUUGCUGGCUGCCUUUCCACGUUGGCAGAAUCAUUUACAUAAACUCGGAGAAUUCCCGGAUGAUGUCCGUCUCUCAGUACUUUAACAUGGUGGCUUUGCAACUUUUCUAUCUGAGCGCGUCCAUCAACCCCAUCCUGUACAACCUCAUUUCAAAGAAGUAUAGAGCAGCGGCCUGGAAACUGCUGCUGGCGAGACAGUCCAGAGAGAGAGGUUUCCGCAGAAGCAGGGACACUGAGGGCGACACCGGAGACACGGCUGGCUGCACGGAGACCAGCGCCAACCUACAGGCCUCGGCGAGCAGCAUGGCCAGGCGAGCCGCCCCCUCCCGCAGUUCUCGGACUUCAGAGAAAACGGGUCUAUAGGGUAAAAAGGACUAAAAGGCAGGAACUGACGCUGUAAACGAGAACUGGAAAGAGUGGUUGACAUUUUGCAAGUUGGUCAGCAACUUUGUCAGCAUGAUUUUUUUUUUUUUAAACCCAAGUGUGAAAUGUAACCGUACCAACCUGUCUAGUUUUCCUUUCAUGUCCCUCCUUGGGGACGUUCAUUUUGGUCUCAUGAAAUCCCACAUCACAAAAUGUGCGCUGGGAAGAUUUUGGAAGUCUUCAUUCUCCUAGUCUUUGGAAAUGUGAUGGCUCGUUUUACAGUUAUUAAGUGAUACCGAGAGAUGCUGCUGGAAAGACUGUCACCUCUGAGAUCAGAGGCGUAUUCUGUUUUUACGUUUGGAAUAUGUAUGUAAUGGUCUAUGUAUAUUGCAUAUACAUAGGAACCUGGGAUAAUGAGAAUUUUGAUCCAAGAAAUCAUUUAAUGCCUUUAUAUGGCAGCAAAAAUUUUUAGAAGCAAGUGAAAGGAAUUCCUGGUAACCAGGGGUGCCGCCUCUCUCCUGGCUCGGAGCAAAUCUUAAAGUUUGUCUUUCAGAACUACUGUGUAUAAACAACUGUGUUGCAACCCACUCCUCCCUGAGACUGCCCGAGGGGCAUUCCCAGUGCUGUUGGCCGUGCGGCAGCAAACCUGGCACCGACACUGAGGGCCGAGAGCUCCAGCCGGACUUCCCGACAGGGUGACUACUAGUGUCGUGUGUGCAGAGCUUUUAAUAUGCCUCAUUUGCCUCAGCUUGGUGGGAUAAGCGUUGUCAUCAUUCCUGUUUUACUAACUGAGUCUUAGAUGUCCCAAGCAGGCACCGAUGCGUCUGAGUCUGGACUGGUCUUUAAGAUCCUUAACCCACCCCCACACUGAGAAGUUGCUCAGAGCAUCCGUUCCGGGAUUUCAUUAAAGGUGAAAGAGAAUGUGUUGGACAUUCUGACCAACAAUUCUGUAACUUUGUUUGCUGCAGUUUAAAGCCUAAACCUAUUUUCAGAGGGCUGCUGCUGCGGCGCCCAGUUCCAAAGGGCCUGGUUCACGCCGUGGUCUGUAUGAGUGGCGCCCCCUCGGGGCGGGCGGGGCACAACUUGUUUAGUUGUCAACUACAAGUGGUUAAAUUCGUAAACAAGUGUCUGCUCAACAGGCUGACGAAGUUCUGUUGCUUUUUCAAUGAUUAGCCGAAUUCGCUGAUGCCUUCAAGUGCCCCUUGAAGCGUCCUGACCCCCUGGUCCUGCCCUCUACUGGGGCGGCAGUGAAGUCUCUGUCGACGUGGGUUUCUCCCAGCUAGUGGAGACAGCAGAGAGUGGUCACCGUGUUCUGCACAUUUUCGAGGAUUAUUUGAAAAAAAGGACUCUGUGAUCAAAAAUGGUCGGAAAACACUGUAUUCUGUACCCCUUCCCCAAGAGUCACGACAAAAAAUAUCACGUCAGAGGCUCUGAGAAGUGUUUCGCCCGGUAUUUCCUUGAUUUAUCACAGAAGCAAGGCCCCAUCCCCCUCUCCAAGACCUGCAUUAAACCUGGCGGACUGAGGAAAACUGUUGGGGACACUGAUGUAGGGUUCUCAGAGUGGAGGUGCCGGCCCUGUGCCACUCCUCACCUUGGUAGCACUAAGUAGGGACGUGUUGGAGCCACUGCCACACAGUCUUUCUGCUCACGACAGUUCCUGUCUAGGGCAGUCACGAGUGGCCUCUUCCCUGUGGAAGGUCAUGGUUAAAAACCUUACUGAUGUUUUAUUUAUAGAAUAAUAUUUUAGAUAUAGAAGCAAAGACCUCUCCUUUGAGCUUUCUUGUUCAGAUUCUAGAAAAGAAGGAUUCACAUCACCCGUGUCUUAAUGGGAUGGAGUGGGCAAGAGUAGAGAACUCAGUGCAUCACAUGUCAUAAGGGCAGCUGUUGUGUUGUGAAACUUUCAUUUCAGUUAUAUAUUGGUUGCUGUCUUUCCUGGUUCACAAAAUAAAAUGUAU